AUGUCUACCCCUAGCAAGCCUCUUCCGACCACUCCAUGCAGGUCCGGCUCAAGCACCGCCUACCAGCCCUUGUCGGAGGCGUCGCUCAAACGGCUUGUCGAGCACGCCGUGAAGGGUGCGGUCGCACAAGCUGUGGACCAGGUUCUCGCACACCGCUUCGCGUAUGAGCAGAACCUUCGCGCGAAGCAGGAGCGCAAGGCGGACGAGCUGCAGGCGAAGAUGGGCAACCUUUCGACCCAGCUGGAGCAGCUCCAGGGCAACCUUUCGACCCAGGUGGAGCAGCUCCAGGCACAGCUCACGGCUCAGGAUGCGCGGGCGGAUGACUACAAGCGGAAGAUGGAGGGCUUCGAGCAGCAGAUUGCGCGCUACCAGCAGCAGUCGGGGAGGCGCGAGGCGCAACUCGAGAAGUACGAGCAGCGACUGGAGGCUCGCGAGGGGCGUAUUGAACGCCGCCUUCACGAGAUGGAGGAGCGCGAGGCGCGGACGAAGAAGGAGGUGUCGGACAUGCGGCAGGAGUUGAAUGGGAGCUCGUUGAGGCUCGAGUCCGGACUCGGCGGCCUCGUUGCCGCGUUCAACGGCGUGCAGGAUAGUUUGGCGAGCGAGACGAACCGGUCGUUCUUCUGGGUGCACAACAAGUGCCAGGAGCUGCUCGAUACGACCAAGACGAGCUACUCGAACGAGCUGAACAAGGUCUUCGACACGGUCAUUGAACUCUCCGAGCGCGCCCACAAGGCCACUCGAGCAGGAGGCCUCGACGGCUACACCUUCACCGUCAUCCCGCCUGUCUCCGCCAACGCGCCCGGCAAGCGAAGCUCCAACGCCAACCCUCGCUCGAACACUCGCCCGAAUGAGAGCGCACAUGCCGACUCGCCAUCUCGCUCAUCCCUCAAGCACUCUUCCUCCGCUUCGCCGCAUCCCCUCACUCGCUCCCGCCUCGUCAAGAAAGUGCGCAUCCAAGAGUCGCACUCGCCCGCCACCUCGCUCCCUCCUCACGCCGGCACGAGCAGACUCCGCUCGCUCUCGGACCAGUCUCACCUCCCUCCGCCUCCCGUCACCAACAUCGCCCGCACGGAAGAAGUGCUGCUCUACUGGGACGAUGAGCUCGGCAUGCACGCCGUCAGGAGGAUCUGGAUUAUCGCGGAGGAUGAGAAAUGA